UGAAACCUUCCUGUUCACUGCGCUUUGGACCUGCUGAAUGUUAUUGUCUUUCGCACUGCGAUCGCUCAGGAAGAAUGUAGUUGAAGAAAAGAAUGCCAAGUCACCUGUUUUCUGUAUGGUGUGUGAUAAGUCGGAAUUCGCUUUUCACUACACGGAGGAAAAAUUCGAUGCGUCCUGGACUUUUGCACGUUAACUGAGAGGCGCCAGGGACAAUGGUUUAAAGGAAUCAAUUGAAACUCUUUUGAGGUGGAGCUCAGUUGGGUCCGGGACACGAUCUGGCAGCACUGGAAAGUAAGCGCGGAGACUCAUCGAUGACGACAACCAGCCGGCUCGAACCAACCCGGACGCGUGAAUGCAGUCCAGUGUGAAUGCACCAGAUGUCUCGUGCAGGUCCACUGACUCACUAGUCAGCAAAACCAGACUGGGCAAUUUGACAAGUCCACCACACAGUCACCGUAACAUGCCGAGGGCAGCGCAGGGCAGGUAAUUUGUUCUGUUAGCAAGCGGCGGUUGCAGCAGUAGCAAAUCGUAGUUGCAGUCGUCGUUGUCGUCGCUGUCACCGUCGCUGUCACCUUGGCCACCAUGGGAAUCCCCCCUGUGUUGGCUGAGGUGGUCGUGGUACUACUGGCUGUUUAUGACUACGGAGUGCGAGUGCGCGGGGUGAGUGCGGGGCCUGUGGAGAGCGUUCGGCUGACGGGCGAUGUGGUUCUCGGUGGUCUCUUUCCAGUCCACGAGGGUGGUAUCAACGGGUGCGGGCCUUUCGACCUCGGGGGUUACCAGAGACUGGAGGCCAUGGUGUACGCCCUGGACUCGAUCAACAACGACGACGACCUACUACCGGGCAUCACGAUCGGUGCCUAUAUACUGGAUACGUGUAGCCGCGACACCUAUGCACUGGAGCAAACCAUGGAGUUUGUCACCUCCACCAUCGCGAGGAUAGACCUGAAUGCUUUCACCUGCCCUAACGGGAGCAAGCCGGAGUACCAGCCCCCACAACCCACUAUUGGCGUAGUGGGGGCAGCAAGUAGUCCAGUGUCCACCAUGGUAGCUAACAUUCUGCGCCUGUUCAAGAUUCCUCAAGUAAGUUACGCUUCGACGAGCCCGGAGUUGAGUGACAAGUCGCGCUACGACUAUUUCCUGCGCGUCGUACCCCCAGACACUUACCAGGCUCAGGCCAUGCUGGACAUCGUCACGGCCCUGGGCUGGACAUAUGUGUCAACGGUGGCCUCUGCCGGCAACUACGGGGAAAACGGAAUAAGCACCUUCAGGAAUCUGAGCAGAUCAUCAGGUAUAUGCUUGACUGACCCGGAAGUUAUUCCCAGGGACGCCACCGAUGGAACCUUUGACAAGCUGGUCAAGUACCUGUCAAAAGCGGAGCAUGCUCGGGGGGUGGUGACCUUCGCCUCCGAGACGGACAUCCGGAGGCUCCUGGCGGCCGUUGCCCGGGCCAACCAGACAGGCCACUUUAUUUGGAUUGGCAGCGACGACUGGGGGACCAAGCCAAACCCGGUGGAAGGCCAGGAGGCAGUGGCCGAGGGUUCCAUUACCCUCCUCCCUGCUGGAAGCCUCGACAAAGGUUUUGACGAGUAUUUCACCUCACUGACACCAAAGAAUGGCUCAAGCCGGGUCUGGUUCCAAGAGUAUUGGGAAAAGACAUUCCACUGCACCUUCGAUGCGUUCAAAGCACUAAAGCAGGGCGCCACGAAACUGUGCACGGGACAUGAAGCUCUGUCCGAGGAGACCUACGAGCAAGAAGGCAAGAUUUCCUUCGUGGUAGACGCGGUGUAUGCUUUCGCCCACGCCCUGAACAAUAUACAACAGGACCUGUGCAACCGGUCCGCCGGCCUGUGCCCAGAGGUUCUCAGUGUUGAUGGGUGGAGACUGCUGGAGUACAUGAAGAAUGUCUCUUUUGAAGGAAGCAGUGGCACUGUGCGCUUCAAUAAAGAUGGCGACAGACCGGGCAGCUAUCAGCUCUACCAGUUCCAAAGGACGGCCAGGGACGAGUAUCGAUACGUGCCCAUAGGCACUUGGGCAGACAAGCUCUCCCUGAACCGGACCUACGUCAGCUGGGCAGGGAGCAACCCAGACGUUGCCCCAGAGUCUGUAUGCUCCCUACCCUGCAAUACCGCCAAGGGGGAAAAGCGCAGGAAACGACCGGGGGACGAAUGCUGCUGGCUGUGCGUCAACUGCGAGCCCUACCAGUACCUGGUGGACGAGUGGACCUGCAGGAAUUGUACCCCGGGGUUCCAGCCAAGGUGGGACAGGCGGGGCUGCGAGGAGAUCUCCUCAGAGUACCUGACUUGGGAUUCGCCCUGGGCCAUCCCGCCCACCUUGCUGGCCGUCAUCGGGAUAGUCUGCACUGUGUUCGUCAUUGCUGUCUUUGUGCGGUUCAACAACACGCCCAUCAUCCGCGCGUCCGGGCGGGAGCUCUGCUACGUCCUGCUCUUCGGCAUCCUGGCCACUUACGUGGCCGUGUUCACGCUCAUCGCCAGGCCUAGCACCCUGACCUGCUGCUUGCGCCGGAUGAUGCUGGGCCUCUCCGUGGUCAUCUCCUUCUCCGCGCUCUAUACCAAGACCAAUCGUGUGUACAGGAUCUUCAACAGCGGCAAGCGGUCGGUGAGACGGCCCAAGUACACCAGUCCCAGGUCGCAAAUGGUGAUCUGCUUCGGGCUGGUGUCUGUCCAGCUAGUGGGGGCCACCCUCUGGUUGGCAAUAGACCCUCCUAAAGCCAUCAAGACUUUUCCAUCCUGGCACCAAGUCAUUCUAGAAUGUGCAGUCACGGACCUGUCCUUAGUGCUGUCCUUGUCGUACGCCAUGGUCCUUAUUGUCAUGUGCACUUUAUACGCCUUUAAAACUCGCAAAAUGCCAGAGAACUUCAACGAGGCAAAAUUUAUCGCUUUUGCAAUGUACACUACGUGCGUUGUGUGGGUUGCCUUCAUACCAAUAUACAUUGGAACUUCCUCAACAGAUUAUAAAAUUCAGCAGACGUUAUUGUGCCUGUGUUUCAUAGUAAGUGCUACCGUCACCCUGGGCUGCAUAUUCGUGCCCAAGAUCUACAUCGUCAUGUUCGCCCCGCAGAAGAACAAGAAACCGUCGGGCACCAUGAUGCUCAACAGCCGUAUGCGAUCGACCUGUGGCUCCAUCGAGGGCAGGCCCAACGGAGAGAUGAGGGCGCAGACCUUGACCACCGGUGCGGCACCCGUUUCCAAUACCACGUCCUCUGGUAGAUUUUGAGUCCAGAACGCCGGAGGAAGAGGCAACAAGAUUCUAGAAAAUGCUUGGACAACGGACAGACCCAGACGGUUUAAUACCUUUUUGUAUCAACAAGACUUUGGAUUCGUAAGGCCAAUGUCGAAGAUAUUUCGACAUCAGCUGUUUAUGUAAAUCCUUCUAAAAUCAAAUAACGGGAUCGAUAUCAGCAAGUUAAAAACACCUCAUGUAUACGGUAAUGCCUAUCUCUGUUUUGGUAAGAAACAUUUCUAAAGUAUAAUCAAGAGUUGACGUUUUUCGUGCUUAAAAGCAAUUUAUAGAGUAAACAUUGGGAGAAAAAUGGGACGCGUGGUGACUACGGGAAAUACAAACAAAGUGCGCCAUAAAUGUAAACCAUAGUUUGACUUAACGAGGUUU